AUGGCGCGUCUAGGAAAUCCCAGCUUGUACGUCGAGGACGGGCACAUGGUUCUUCCAGGCCGUGAGGUGUCCAGGUACGUCGAGGGCUCCAUGAAUGUUAAGGUGAUUGCUGCUUUUAUUCAAGGGCAGGACAAGCAUUUUGGGGAGCAGGUGGAACGGAGCUGCUCUCGCAGUGUUCAGGACCUCCUCGGCUCCCAGCUCCACCGCCUAGGGAAUGGUGCUUUGCUUUCAGCAGGCAUCUCCUCAGUGUGCUCGUCCCCUUUCAAGUCUCAGGAUGAUGAAGUGGUCCUGCAGUGCUCGGCAACCAUCCACAAAGAGCAACAGAAACUGUGCCUGGCAGCAGAAGGCUUUGGCGACAGACUCUGUUUCUUGGAGUCCACUUCGAAUUCCAAGAAUGUCCCUCCAGACCUCUCCAUUUGCACCUUUGUUCUGGAACAGUCCCUCUCUGUCCGGGCCCUGCAGGAGAUGUUGGCCAACACGGUGGAGAAGAAUAUAGAAACGGCGCAGGGGAGCGGCCACCGGACGCUGCUGUACGGCCACGCCAUCCUGCUCCGCCACUCCUACAGCGGCAUGUAUCUGUGCUGCUUGUCCACCUCCCGCUCUUCCACGGACAAACUGGCUUUCGAUGUCGGCUUGCAAGAGAACACCACAGGGGAAGCUUGUUGGUGGACUAUUCAUCCUGCCUCGAAGCAGCGAUCAGAAGGCGAAAAAGUCCGAGUAGGGGACGACCUCAUUUUAGUCAGUGUGUCCUCCGAGAGGUACUUGCACUUGUCCCAUGGCAGUGGCUGCUGGCACGUGGACGCCGCUUUCCAGCAGACGCUCUGGAGCGUGGCCCCCAUCAGCUCAGGAAGCGAGGCAGCCCAAGGGUAUCUGAUUGGCGGCGACGUCCUCAGGCUUCUCCACGGACACAUGGACGAGUGCCUCACUGUCCCUUCCGGGGAACACGGCGAAGAGCAGCGGAGAACUGUUCACUAUGAAGGCGGUGCUGUGUCUGUUCACGCGCGCUCCCUGUGGAGGCUGGAGACUCUGAGAGUUGCGUGGAGCGGGGGCCACAUCCGCUGGGGCCAGCCUUUCCGGCUUCGCCACGUCACGACAGGGAGAUACCUGAGUCUCCUGGAAGACAAAAACCUCCUGCUCAUGGACAAAGAGAAAGCGGAUGUGAAAUCAACAGCAUUCACUUUUCGAUCUUCCAAGGAAAAAUUGGAUGUGGGGGUGCGAAAAGAAGUCGAUGGCAUGGGCACGUCCGAAAUAAAAUAUGGGGACUCGGUGUGUUACAUCCAACACGUGAACACGGGUCUGUGGCUCACGUACCAGUCCGUGGAUGUGAAGUCCGUGCGGAUGGGAUCCAUCCAGCGCAAGGCGAUCAUGCAUCACGAGGGCCACAUGGAUGACGGCCUGAAUUUGUCUAGGUCUCAGCACGAAGAGUCACGCACGGCUCGUGUCAUCCGAAGCACCGUCUUCCUCUUCAAUAGAUUUAUAAGGGGUCUUGACGCGCUCAGCAAAAAGGCCAAGACUUCGCCACUAGACUUGCCCAUCGAGAGCGUGAGCCUAAGUCUGCAGGACCUGAUCGGCUACUUCCACCCGCCGGACGAGCAUCUGGAGCACGAAGACAAGCAGAACAGGUUGCGGGCGCUGAAGAACCGGCAGAACCUCUUCCAGGAAGAGGGAAUGAUCAGCCUGGUGCUGGACUGCAUAGACAGGCUGCAUGUGUACAGCAGCGCAGCACACUUCGCUGACGUGGCUGGGAGGGAGGCAGGCGCCGCCUGGAAGUCCAUCCUGAAUUCUCUGUACGAGUUGCUGGCGGCUCUCAUUAGAGGAAAUCGUAAAAACUGUGCUCAGUUCUCGGGCUCCCUGGACUGGCUGAUUAGCCGACUAGAGAGAUUAGAAGCUUCAUCUGGUAUUCUUGAAGUUUUACACUGUGUGUUAGUAGAAAGUCCAGAAGCUCUAAAUAUUAUUAAAGAAGGACAUAUUAAAUCCAUUAUCUCACUUUUAGAUAAGCAUGGACGAAAUCACAAGGUGCUGGACGUCUUAUGCUCUCUCUGUGUGUGCCACGGAGUCGCGGUGCGUUCCAACCAGCAUCUCAUCUGUGACAAUCUCCUGCCCGGACGGGACCUGUUGCUGCAGACACGGCUCGUCAAUCACGUCAGCAGCAUGAGACCCAACAUUUUCCUGGGUGUCAGUGAAGGCUCUGCUCAGUAUAAGAAGUGGUACUAUGAGCUGAUGGUGGAUCACACGGAGCCAUUUGUGACAGCUGAGGCCACUCACCUGCGCGUCGGCUGGGCGUCCACGGAGGGGCACUCGCCCUACCCCGGAGGGGGUGAGGAGUGGGGUGGCAACGGUGUCGGAGAUGACCUCUUUUCCUACGGAUUCGAUGGUCUCCAUCUCUGGUCAGGUUGCAUUGCUCGGACUGUAAGUUCACCGAACCAGCACCUGUUGAGAACUGACGACGUCAUCAGCUGCUGUUUAGAUCUCAGUGCCCCAAGCAUCUCAUUCCGUAUUAAUGGACAGCCUGUUCAAGGAAUGUUUGAGAAUUUCAACAUCGACGGCCUCUUCUUUCCAGUUGUGAGUUUCUCGGCAGGAAUAAAGGUACGCUUUCUGCUUGGGGGGAGACAUGGAGAAUUUAAAUUCCUUCCUCCACCUGGAUAUGCACCUUGUUACGAAGCUGUUCUGCCAAAAGAAAAGUUGAAAGUGGAACAUAGCAGAGAGUACAAGCAAGAAAGAACCUACACACGGGACCUUCUGGGCCCCACGGUUCCGCUGACACAAGCCGCCUUCACCCCAGUGCCUGUGGAUACGAGCCAGAUUGUGCUGCCUCCUCACCUAGAGAGGAUACGAGAAAGACUGGCAGAAAAUAUCCACGAGCUCUGGGUUAUGAAUAAGAUAGAACUUGGCUGGCAGUAUGGCCCGGUCAGGGAUGACAACAAGAGGCAGCACCCGUGCCUGCUGGCCUUCUCCGGGCUGCCCGAGCAAGAGCGCGACUACAAUCUGCAGAUGUCCCUGGAAACCCUGAAGACGUUGCUGGCAUUAGGAUGUCACGUGGGAAUAUCAGAUGAACAUGGUGAGGAAAAGGUGAAAAAGAUGAAACUACCCAAGAAUUACCAGCUGACGAGUGGAUACAAGCCCGCCCCCAUGGACCUGAGCUUCAUCAAACUCACCCCAUCCCAGGAGGCAAUGGUGGACAAGCUGGCAGAGAACGCUCACAACGUGUGGGCCCGGGAUCGGAUCCGCCAGGGCUGGACCUACGGCAUCCAGCAGGAUGUGAAGAACAGAAGAAACCCUCGUCUUGUUCCCUACGCCCUUCUUGAUGAGCGCACCAAGAAAUCCAACAAGGACAGCCUCCGUGAAGCAGUGCGCACGCUGCUGGGGUUUGGCUACCACCUGGAGGCGCCGGAUCAAGACCACGGUGAAUUGGAAGCCCAGGCUGUGUGGGAAAGGUUCCGCAUCUUCCGUGCCGAGAAAACCUACGCUGUGAAGGCGGGCAGGUGGUAUUUCGAGUUCGAGGCUGUCACCGCAGGGGACAUGAGAGUGGGUUGGAGCAGGCCGGGCUGCCAGCCUGACCAGGAGCUUGGCUCAGAUGAACGUGCCUUUGCUUUUGAUGGCUUCAAGGCCCAGCGGUGGCACCAAGGCAACGAGCACUACGGGCGCGCCUGGCAGGCGGGCGACGUCGUGGGCUGCAUGGUGGACGUGACGGAGCGCGCCAUGAUGUUCACGCUGAACGGGGAGAUCCUGCUGGACGACUCGGGCUCGGAGCUGGCCUUCAAAGACUUCGACGCGGGCGACGGAUUCAUACCUGUAUGUAGCCUUGGAGUGGCUCAAGUGGGCAGGAUGAACUUUGGAAAGGAUGUCAGCACCUUGAAAUAUUUUACCAUCUGUGGCUUGCAAGAGGGCUAUGAACCAUUUGCUGUUAAUACAAACAGGGAUAUUACCAUGUGGCUAAGCAAGAGGCUUCCUCAGUUCCUCCAAGUUCCAUCCAACCACGAACAUAUUGAGGUGACCAGGAUAGAUGGCACCAUAGACAGUUCCCCGUGCCUGAAGGUCACGCAGAAAUCCUUCGGCGCCCAGAACAGCAGCACCGACAUCAUGUUCUACCGCCUGAGCAUGCCCAUCGAAUGUGCCGAGGCCUUCUCCAAGACUGCGGCGGGGGGGCUCCCCGGGGCUGGUCUUUUUGGGCCCAAGAGUGAUUUGGAAGAUUAUGAUGCAGACUCCGACUUUGAGGUUCUGAUGAAGACAGCUCAUGGCCAUCUGGUUCCUGAUCGCGUUGACAAAGACAAAGAAGCUACAAAACCAGAGUUUAAUAACCACAAAGAUUAUGCUCAGGAAAAGCCUUCUCGUCUGAAACAAAGAUUUUUGCUUAGAAGAACAAAACCAGAUUAUAGCACAAGCCAUUCCGCAAGACUCACAGAAGAUGUCCUCGCCGAUGACCGGGACGACUACGAGUACUUGAUGCAGACAUCCACGUACUACUACUCAGUGAGAAUCUUCCCGGGGCAAGAGCCAGCUAACGUCUGGGUGGGCUGGAUUACGUCAGAUUUCCACCAGUACGACACAGGCUUUGACUUGGACAGAGUGCGAACAGUAACCGUUACGCUAGGAGAUGAAAAAGGAAAAGUGCACGAAAGCAUCAAACGCAGCAACUGCUACAUGGUGUGCGCGGGGGAGACCAUGAGCCCCGGGCAAGGGCGCAGCAGCGGCGGGCUGGAGAUCGGCUGCGUGGUGGAUGCUGCCAGCGGGCUGCUCACCUUCACCGCCAACGGCAAGGAGCUGAGCACCUACUAUCAGGUGGAGCCAAGUACCAAAUUGUUUCCUGCAGUUUUUGCACAAGCCACAAGCCCCAAUGUUUUUCAGUUUGAGCUGGGGAGAAUAAAGAACGUGAUGCCUCUCUCCGCCGGACUGUUCAAGAGCGAGCACAGGAACCCGGUGCCGCAGUGCCCGCCCCGCCUCCACGUGCAGUUCCUGUCCCACGUCCUGUGGAGCAGGAUGCCCAACCAGUUCCUCAAGGUGGACGUCUCCCGGAUCAGCGAGCGCCAGGGCUGGCUCGUGCAGUGCUUGGACCCGCUGCAGUUCAUGUCUCUCCACAUCCCGGAGGAGAACAGGUCCGUGGACAUACUGGAGCUGACGGAGCAAGAAGAGCUGCUGAAGUUCCACUACCACACGCUGCGGCUCUACUCGGCCGUCUGUGCCCUGGGCAACCACCGCGUGGCCCACGCGCUGUGCAGCCACGUGGACGAGCCCCAGCUCCUCUACGCCAUCGAGAACAAGUACAUGCCCGGCCUGCUGCGGGCCGGCUACUACGACCUGCUCAUCGACAUCCACCUGAGCUCCUAUGCCACCGCCAGGCUCAUGAUGAACAAUGAGUUCAUCGUCCCCAUGACGGAGGAGACCAAGAGCAUCUCCCUGUUCCCCGGCGAGAACAAAAAGCACGGUCUCCCGGGGAUCGGCCUCAGCACCUCCCUCAGGCCCCGGAUGCAGUUCUCCUCGCCCAGCUUUGUCAGCAUUAAUCACGAAUGCUACCAGUACAGCCCAGAGUUCCCGCUGGACAUCCUCAAGGCCAAAGCCAUCCAGAUGCUGACAGAGGCGGUGAGGGAGGGCAGCCUUCACGCCCGUGACCCGGUCGGCGGGACCACGGAGUUCCUGUUCGUGCCUCUCAUCAAGCUUUUCUACACCCUGCUCAUCAUGGGGCUCUUCCACAACGACGACCUGAAACACAUCCUGCAGCUCAUAGAGCCCAGCGUGUUCAAGGAGGCCGCCGGGCCCGACGAGGAGAGCGAGGCGCCGGAGAAAGAGCUGGGCUCGGAGGACGCAAAGCUGGAAGCAGCGGGGGAAGGAGAGCUCAAAGGGGGUAAGAGGCCCGAGGAAGGGCUGCUGGAGAUGAAGCUCCCCGAGCCGGUUAAACUGCAGAUGUGCCUGCUGCUCCAGUACCUCUGUGACUGCCAGGUCCGCCACCGGAUAGAAGCCAUCGUGGCCUUUUCCGAUGACUUUGUGGCUAAGCUCCAAGACAAUCAGCGCUUCCGCUACAAUGAAGUCAUGCAAGCCUUAAAUAUGUCCGCUGCACUCACAGCCAGGAAGACAAAGGAAUUCCGGUCCCCACCUCAAGAACAGAUCAAUAUGCUUUUGAAUUUUAAGGAUGACAAAAGUGAAUGUCCAUGUCCUGAAGAAAUCCGAGACCAACUCUUGGAUUUUCAUGAAGAUUUGAUGGCACAUUGUGGAAUUGAGCUAGAUGAAGACGGGUCCCUGGAUGGAAACAGCGACUUGACCAUUAGAGGACGCCUAUUCUCCCUGCUGGAAAAGGUGACCUACCUGAAGAAGAAGCAAGCUGAAAAACCCAUCGAGAGUGACUCUCAGAAGUCCUCGACGCUUCAGCAGCUGAUUUCUGACACGAUGGUCCGAUGGGCUCAAGAGUCCGUCAUCGAAGACCCGGAGCUGGUGAGAGCCAUGUUUAUGCUGCUGCAUCGGCAGUAUGAUGGCAUUGGGGGUCUGGUCCGAGCUCUGCCAAAGACUUACACCAUCAAUGGUGUUUCUGUGGAGGACACCAUUAACCUGCUGGCAUCUCUGGGGCAGAUUCGCUCUCUGCUGAGUGUGAGGAUGGGCAAAGAAGAAGAGAAGCUUAUGAUUCGUGGAUUAGGAGACAUCAUGAACAACAAAGUGUUUUACCAGCAUCCAAAUCUCAUGAGGGCCCUCGGGAUGCACGAGACGGUGAUGGAGGUCAUGGUGAAUGUCCUUGGAGGUGGCGAGUCCAAGGAAAUCACUUUUCCCAAGAUGGUGGCCAACUGCUGCCGCUUCCUCUGUUACUUCUGUCGGAUAAGUCGGCAGAAUCAGAAGGCGAUGUUCGACCACCUCAGUUACCUAUUGGAAAACAGCAGCGUGGGUCUCGCCUCCCCAGCUAUGAGGGGCUCAACCCCCCUGGAUGUGGCAGCGGCUUCCGUGAUGGACAACAAUGAGCUGGCCUUGGCGCUGCGAGAGCCAGAUCUGGAAAAGGUUGUUCGAUAUUUGGCUGGCUGUGGACUUCAGAGUUGUCAGAUGCUGGUGUCCAAGGGUUACCCAGACAUUGGUUGGAAUCCAGUAGAAGGAGAAAGAUAUCUGGACUUUCUCAGAUUUGCUGUCUUCUGCAAUGGGGAGAGUGUGGAAGAGAAUGCAAAUGUGGUGGUGAGAUUGCUCAUCAGGAGACCUGAGUGCUUCGGUCCUGCACUGAGAGGAGAAGGUGGGAAUGGCCUACUUGCAGCCAUGGAGGAAGCCAUCAAGAUAGCUGAGGACCCUUCUCGAGAUGGCCCCUCACCGACGAGCGGAUCCAGUAAAACCCUUGACCUAGAAGAGGAGGAGGAUGACACGACGCACAUGGGGAACGCCAUCAUGACCUUUUAUGCAGCUCUGAUCGACCUGUUGGGACGCUGUGCUCCCGAAAUGCACUUGAUUCAUGCUGGUAAGGGAGAAGCCAUCAGAAUCAGGUCUAUUUUGAGAUCCCUGAUUCCACUGGGAGACUUGGUGGGGGUCAUCAGUGUCGCUUUUCAGAUGCCGACAGUAGCCAAAGAUGGCAAUGUGACGGAGCCCGACAUGUCUGCGGGAUUUUGUCCGGAUCACAAGGCAGCCAUGGUUUUGUUCCUUGACAGGGUCUAUGGCAUUGAGGUUCAAGAUUUUCUUCUCCAUCUUCUAGAGGUUGGCUUUCUGCCAGAUCUCCGGGCUGCUGCUUCUUUAGAUACGGCUGCACUGAGCGCCACAGACAUGGCCUUGGCCCUCAACCGGUACCUCUGCGCCGCCGUGCUGCCCUUGCUCACCAGGUGUGCCCCCCUCUUCGCUGGCACCGAGCACCACGCGUCCCUCAUCGACUCGUUGCUUCACACCGUGUACAGACUUUCCAAGGGCUGCUCCCUGACCAAAGCCCAGCGGGAUUCCAUUGAAGUUUGCUUGCUCUCUGUUUGUGGCCAGUUGAGACCUUCGAUGAUGCAACAUUUACUCAGAAGACUGGUGUUUGAUGUGCCCUUAUUAAAUGAACAUGCAAAGAUGCCUCUUAAGCUGUUGACAAAUCAUUAUGAAAGAUGUUGGAAAUAUUACUGUCUGCCCGGAGGGUGGGGGAACUUCGGCGCUGCCUCAGAAGAAGAGCUGCAUCUAUCAAGAAAGUUGUUCUGGGGCAUUUUUGACGCCCUGUCUCAAAAGAAAUAUGAACAAGAACUUUUCAAACUGGCACUGCCUUGCCUGAGUGCAGUUGCGGGAGCUUUGCCUCCAGACUACAUGGAGUCAAAUUAUGUCAGUAUGAUGGAAAAACAGUCAUCAAUGGAUUCUGAAGGGAACUUUAACCCACAACCUGUUGAUACCUCAAAUAUUACAAUCCCUGAGAAGUUGGAAUACUUCAUUAACAAGUACGCGGAACACUCCCAUGACAAGUGGUGCGUGGACAAGUUGGCAAAUGGAUGGAUUUAUGGAGAAAUAUUUUCAGAUUCUUCUAAAGUUCAACCAUUACUGAAGCCAUAUAAACUAUUAUCUGAAAAGGAAAAAGAAAUUUACCGCUGGCCAAUCAAAGAAUCCCUAAAAACGAUGCUGGCCUGGGGCUGGAGAAUUGAAAGGACACGAGAGGGGGACAGCAUGGCCCUUUACAGCCGGACGCGACGCAUUUCUCAAACCAGCCAGGUAUCGGUGGAGGCUGCCCACGGCUACAGCCCCCGCGCCGUCGACAUGAGCAACAUCACCCUCUCCAGAGAUCUGCACGCGAUGGCAGAAAUGAUGGCUGAAAACUACCAUAAUAUAUGGGCAAAGAAGAAGAAAAUGGAACUUGAAUCUAAAGGAGGGGGCAACCACCCUCUGCUGGUUCCCUACGAUACGCUGACUGCCAAAGAGAAAGCCAAGGACAGAGAAAAAGCUCAGGACAUUCUCAAGUUCCUGCAGAUCAAUGGCUAUGCCGUAUCCAGAGGAUUCAAGGACCUGGAGUUGGAUACACCUUCCAUUGAAAAACGGUUCGCCUAUAGUUUCCUUCAGCAGCUCAUUCGCUUCGUGGAUGAAGCCCAUCAGUACAUACUGGAGUUCGAUGGUGGCAGCAGAAGCAAAGGAGAACAUUUCCCUUAUGAGCAAGAAAUCAAGUUCUUUGCUAAAGUGGUCCUUCCUCUAAUCGAUCAAUAUUUCAAAAACCAUCGCCUGUACUUCUUAUCUGCAGCCAGCAGACCUCUCUGUUCUGGGGGACACGCAUCAAACAAAGAGAAAGAAAUGGUGACCAGCCUAUUCUGCAAACUUGGAGUUCUUGUCAGGCAUAGGAUUUCACUAUUUGGAAAUGAUGCGACAUCCAUUGUGAACUGUCUCCACAUUUUGGGUCAGACCUUGGAUGCAAGGACUGUAAUGAAGACGGGCCUGGAGACCGUUAAAAGCGCACUCAGGACGUUUCUGGACAAUGCUGCAGAGGACCUGGAGAAGACGCUGGAGAACCUGAAGCAGGGCCAGUUCACGCACACCCGAAGCCAGCCCAAGGGCGUCACUCAGAUCAUCAACUACACCACCGUGGCACUGCUGCCGGUGCUGUCGUCCUUGUUCGAGCACAUCGGCCAGCAUCAGUUCGGAGAAGAUCUGAUACUGGAAGAUGUCCAGGUGUCCUGUUACAGGAUUUUGACUAGCUUAUAUGCUUUGGGAACCAGCAAAAGUAUUUAUGUGGAAAGGCAACGGUCUGCAUUGGGAGAAUGCCUGGCUGCCUUUGCUAGUGCCUUUCCUGUAGCAUUUCUGGAAACUCAUCUUGACAAACACAACAUUUACUCUAUCUACAACACUAAAUCUUCACGGGAGAGAGCAGCUCUCAGUCUGCCGGCUAACGUGGAAGAUGUGUGUCCAAACAUACCAUCUUUGGAGAAGCUCAUGGAGGAAAUCGUCGAGCUGGCCGAGUGUGGGGUCCGCUACACACACAUGCCGCACGUGAUGGAGGUGGUCCUGCCCUUGCUGUGCAGCUACCUGUCGCGGUGGUGGGAGCAUGGGCCCGAGAACAACCCCGAGCGGGCCGACACGUGCUGCACCGCGCUCAACUCAGAGCACAUGAACACGCUGCUGGGCAACAUACUGAAGAUCAUAUACAAUAACCUGGGCAUCGACGAGGGAGCCUGGAUGAAGAGGCUGGCAGUAUUUUCCCAGCCUAUUAUAAAUAAAGUAAAACCUCAGCUCUUGAAAACUCAUUUCUUGCCAUUAAUGGAGAAACUCAAGAAAAAGGCAGCGAUGGUGGUAUCCGAGGAAGACCAUCUGAAAGCCGAAGCCAGGGGGGACAUGUCCGAGGCUGAGCUUCUCAUUCUAGAUGAGUUCACCACACUGGCCAGAGAUCUCUAUGCCUUCUACCCUCUCUUAAUUAGAUUCGUGGACUACAACAGGGCAAAGUGGCUGAAGGAGCCCAACCCGGAAGUGGAGGACCUGUUCCGCAUGGUGGCGGACGUGUUUAUCUACUGGUCCAAAUCCCACAAUUUCAAGAGAGAAGAGCAGAACUUCGUCGUACAGAAUGAAAUCAACAACAUGUCCUUUCUGAUUACCGACACCAAGUCAAAGAUGUCCAAGGCAGCUGUGUCUGACCAGGAAAGGAAGAAAAUGAAGCGCAAAGGGGACCGCUACUCCCUGCAGACCUCGCUCAUCGUGGCCGCCUUGAAGCGCUUACUGCCCAUCGGACUGAACAUCUGCGCCCCUGGAGAUCAAGAGCUCAUUGCUCUGGCCAAAAGUCGGUUUAGCAUGAAAGACACAGAGGAUGAAGUACGAGAUAUAAUACGCAACAAUAUUCAUUUACAAAGCAAGUUGGAAGACCCUGCUAUUCGAUGGCAAAUGGCUCUCUACAAAGACUUACCAAACAGGCCUGAAGAUACUGCAGAUCCAGAGAAGACAGUAGAGAGAGUAUUAGAUAUAGCAAAUGUGCUUUUUCAUCUUGAGCAGGUGGAACACCCCCAGAGGUCCAAGAAGGCCGUGUGGCACAAACUGCUUUCUAAGCAGAGGAAAAGGGCCGUGGUGGCCUGCUUCCGAAUGGCUCCUUUGUAUAAUCUGCCAAGGCAUCGGGCCAUCAAUCUCUUCCUUCAGGGAUAUGAAAAAUCUUGGAUUGAAACAGAAGAACAUUAUUUUGAAGAUAAACUGAUAGAAGACUUAGCAAAACCUGGCCUCAAACCUCCAGAGGAAGAUGAAGGUGCUAAGAGAGUCGACCCUCUGCAUCAGCUGAUCCUUCUGUUUAGUCGAACGGCUUUGACAGAGAAAUGCAAACUGGAGGAAGAUUUUCUAUAUAUGGCUUAUGCAGAUAUUAUGGCAAAGAGUUGUCAUGAUGAGGAAGAUGAUGACGGCGAAGAAGAAGUGAAGAGUUUUGAAGUCACAGGAUCCCAACGCAGCAAGGAAAAAGAAAUGGAAAAGCAAAAGCUUCUGUACCAGCAAGCCCGGCUUCACGACCGAGGAGCCGCUGAGAUGGUGCUGCAGACCAUCAGCGCCAGCAAAGGUGACACUGGACCAAUGGUAGCUGCGACUUUGAAACUUGGAAUCGCCAUCUUAAACGGCGGUAACUCCACAGUACAGCAGAAAAUGCUUGACUACCUCAAGGAGAAAAAGGAUGUGGGCUUCUUCCAGAGCCUUGCUGGCCUGAUGCAGUCUUGCAGUGUCCUUGACCUAAAUGCAUUUGAACGACAGAACAAAGCGGAAGGCCUUGGGAUGGUGACAGAGGAAGGCUCAGGAGAAAAGGUUCUACAGGACGACGAGUUCACCUGUGACCUCUUCCGCUUCCUCCAGCUGCUUUGUGAAGGGCACAACUCAGAUUUUCAAAAUUAUCUGAGAACCCAGACUGGCAAUAAUACAACUGUCAACAUAAUCAUCUCCACUGUAGACUACCUACUGAGAGUUCAGGAGUCAAUUAGUGAUUUCUAUUGGUACUAUUCUGGAAAAGAUGUGAUUGAUGAACAAGGACAACGGAAUUUCUCCAAAGCAAUUCAAGUAGCAAAACAAGUCUUCAACACACUCACAGAAUAUAUUCAGGGUCCUUGCACGGGGAACCAGCAGAGCCUGGCGCACAGCAGGCUGUGGGACGCUGUGGUGGGUUUUCUCCACGUGUUUGCUCACAUGCAGAUGAAGCUGUCUCAGGAUUCCAGUCAAAUUGAGCUACUGAAAGAACUGAUGGAUCUCCAGAAGGACAUGGUGGUCAUGCUGCUGUCCAUGCUAGAAGGUAAUGUUGUCAAUGGAACCAUUGGCAAACAGAUGGUCGAUAUGCUCGUGGAAUCUUCCAACAACGUGGAGAUGAUUCUCAAGUUUUUCGACAUGUUCUUAAAGCUAAAGGAUCUGACAUCCUCUGAUACAUUUAAAGACUACGACCCCGACGGCAAGGGCGUCAUUUCCAAGAGGGACUUCCACAAAGCCAUGGAGAGCCAUAAGCACUACACGCAGUCAGAAACAGAGUUUCUCCUGUCCUGCGCAGAGACAGAUGAAAACGAGACCCUCGACUAUGAAGAGUUUGUCAAACGUUUCCACGAACCCGCAAAGGACAUCAGCUUCAAUGUCGCUGUCCUUCUGACGAAUCUCUCUGAGCACAUGCCCAACGACACCCGCCUGCAGACAUUCCUGGAGUUAGCAGAAAGCGUGCUGAAUUACUUCCAGCCCUUUCUCGGCCGCAUCGAGAUCAUGGGCAGCGCCAAGCGCAUUGAGCGGGUUUACUUUGAAAUCAGUGAGUCCAGCCGCACCCAGUGGGAGAAGCCCCAGGUCAAGGAGUCCAAAAGACAGUUCAUAUUCGACGUGGUCAACGAAGGGGGCGAGAAAGAGAAGAUGGAGCUCUUCGUCAGCUUCUGUGAGGACACCAUAUUUGAGAUGCAGCUGGCGGCUCAGAUCUCAGAGUCGGAUCUGAACGAGAGGGCCGUCAAUAAGGAAGACAGCGAGAGGGAGAAGCCCGAGGAGCAGGGCCCGCGGAUGGGCUUCUUCUCCGUCCUGACGGUCCAGUCGGCCCUGCUUGCUCUCAGGUACAAUAUCCUGGCCCUGAUGCGAAUGCUCAGUCUGAAGAGCCUGAAGAAGCAGGUGAAGAAAGUGAAGAAGAUGACCGUGAGGGACAUGCUCACCGCCUUCUUCGCGUCCUACUGGAGCGUGGCCGUGGGCCUCCUGCACGUCGUGGCCAGCGUGGCCAGGGGCUUUUUCCGCAUCACUUGCAGCGUCCUGCUGGGGGGCAGCCUAGUAGAGGGUGCUAAGAAGAUCAAAGUUGCAGAGCUGCUGGCCAACAUGCCAGAUCCCACUCAGGACGAGGUGAGAGGGGACGGAGAGGAGAGUGAGAGGAAGCCCCUGGAGGCUGCCCUGCCCUCUGAAGACCUGGCGGACUUAAAGGAACUGGCAGAGGAAAGUGACCUUCUUUCCGACAUAUUUGGUUUGGACCUGAAGAGAGAAGGAGGGCAGUACAAGCUUAUUCCGCACAAUCCGAAUGCUGGCCUCGGCGACCUCAUUGGCAGCCCCGUCCCCAUGCCCGAGGUGCACGAGAAAUCCCAGGAGCAGAAGGCAAAGGAAGAAGAAAAAGAGGAAAAGGAGGAAACCAAGUCGGAGCCUGAGAAAGCAGAAGGAGAAGAUGGAGAAAAAGAAGAAAAAGCCAAAGAAGACAAGGAGAAACAGAAGUCGAGGCAGCUGCACACACAUCGGUAUGGAGAGCCAGAGGCCCCCGAGUCGGCAUUCUGGAAGAAAAUCAUAGCGUAUCAGCAAAAACUGCUAAAUUACUUUGCUCGCAACUUCUACAACAUGAGAAUGUUGGCCUUAUUUGUCGCAUUUGCAAUCAAUUUCAUCUUGCUCUUUUAUAAGGUCUCCACUUCUUCUGUGGCUGAAGGGAAGGAACUCCCCUCUCGCAGUUCAAGUGAACAAGCCAAAAUCAGCACCCUGGACAGCGACUCACAAAGACUCAUCGCUGUUCACUACGUCCUGGAGGAGAGCAGUGGUUACAUGGAGCCCACCUUGCGCAUCUUAGCUAUUCUGCACACUGUCAUUUCUUUCUUCUGCAUCAUUGGAUACUACUGCUUGAAAGUCCCAUUGGUUAUUUUUAAGAGAGAAAAGGAAGUAGCACGGAAAUUGGAAUUUGAUGGACUUUAUAUCACAGAACAGCCUUCCGAAGAUGACAUUAAAGGCCAGUGGGAUAGACUUGUCAUCAACACACAGUCAUUUCCCAACAAUUACUGGGACAAAUUUGUUAAAAGAAAGGUCAUGGAUAAAUAUGGAGAAUUCUACGGCCGAGACAGAAUCAGCGAGUUACUUGGAAUGGACAAAGCCGCCUUGGAUUUCAGCGACGCGAGGGAGAAGAGAAAGCCCAAGAGAGACAGCUCCCUCUCUGCGGCACUCAACUCAAUCGAUGUGAAGUAUCAGAUGUGGAAACUGGGAGUGGUUUUCACGGACAAUUCCUUCCUCUACCUAGCCUGGUACAUGACUAUGUCCGUUCUUGGACACUAUAACAACUUUUUUUUCGCUGCCCAUCUUCUUGACAUUGCUAUGGGAUUCAAGACCUUAAGAACCAUCUUGUCAUCAGUAACGCACAAUGGCAAACAGCUUGUAUUAACGGUUGGCUUGCUGGCUGUUGUUGUUUACCUGUAUACGGUUGUGGCAUUCAAUUUUUUCCGAAAAUUCUACAACAAAAGCGAAGAUGGCGAUACACCAGAUAUGAAAUGUGAUGAUAUGCUAACAUGCUACAUGUUCCACAUGUACGUCGGGGUCCGCGCCGGGGGCGGCAUUGGCGAUGAGAUCGAGGACCCGGCGGGGGACGAGUACGAGAUCUACCGGAUCAUCUUCGACAUCACCUUCUUCUUCUUCGUCAUCGUCAUCCUGCUGGCCAUCAUCCAGGGUUUAAUCAUUGACGCUUUUGGGGAGCUGCGAGACCAGCAGGAACAAGUCAAGGAGGACAUGGAGACCAAGUGCUUCAUCUGUGGGAUAGGCAACGACUACUUCGACACGGUGCCGCACGGCUUUGAAACCCACACGCUACAGGAACACAACUUGGCCAAUUACCUGUUUUUCCUGAUGUAUCUUAUAAACAAAGACGAAACGGAGCACACGGGACAGGAAUCGUACGUCUGGAAGAUGUAUCAGGAAAGAUGCUGGGAGUUUUUCCCAGCAGGAGAUUGUUUCCGGAAACAGUAUGAAGACCAGCUAAAUUAGACCCAAACCCAGGUCACCACUGAACACCAAACCCCCCUCCUCCCUCUCCCUGUCACUUCUCUCUCUCCUCCUCGCCCGUCCUCUCCCGGAAACAUCCGAUUGGGUGAACUGCCAGAGGCACGUGCUCCCGGGGGCGUUGCAGCUGUUUCUGGAGAUCUGACUCUGCUUCCCCCCACUCCCCACCUUGUGCAUUUUCUUUGAAUAAAGACUGAAGAAUAAUCUGAAUCCACGCACAGACAAAAUAGGAACUCUGGCAAGAACCAUUCUGGACAUGCCUUGUCAUCAUAAGGACCGACAGAUCUCCUCCCCAGACCGAUGGACUCCUGGAGCUGCGGGACAUUCACAGAGAAGCGUGACAGCCACACUCAUCGGCCUCUUUAGUUCACCAUCCUGAAAGGAACUCUCCUGAUGGGUCACAGAGCACUGUAGCACUUACAGAUUGCAGUGGACACCAGUUACGAAGGGAAAUAGUGCCUUACUAUAUGUGGGUUGAGCUAUGCAGAAGAUAUGUGCAUGGAAUACAUCUUUAUUUUCUUUAUGUCGACUUUCUUUUUCUUAGCUAGGUUGAUCUUGUGUUAUUUUCUUUAUUUUUCUCGGUGGGGGAGGGUAAGAAGUGCUGUUGUGUGCACUUUUAUAAAAUGGCGGUACCCCGGCCCGGGGCAAGAGGAAGCUCUUCUCACUCUGCUGAGUUCACAUUUACUCUCCCCACGUGCUCCGCUCUUCUUUUGCUGAUGCUCUGAUGCAACAUCGCAACUUUAUGAAAUCUUUGUAUGAAAACAAGACUGCAGAAAAUACACUUUCAAAAGAAAUAACUCACUGCAUGUUUAUUAUGCAAGUUUCAAUGAACAAAGAAAACCUUCAGAAGCAAGUUGAUCAACGUGAGAGAACUUUCAUGAUUAUUAUCUUCAUAGUAAUAAAGUGUUGUGGGCUUAACUGUAUAUUUGGAGCCCGUGCCAUCCGCCAACAAUGUGACACAUUACGAACUUGGCAGUAGUUUUGGGUUGUUCUCUUCCUUUCGGCCACCUGUGAUCAGUUGUUGAUUAAGGACUUCUCGUCAGGCCAUUUUUUAAUAUCAAAGCUGAAGCAAUACCCAUUCAGGGAUUUCAUCAGUUGCAUCGAGAAACACGGAUGAUGACAUCCAUCACUCCAUUUUGAGUCCUUUUAAAUGCAAUGCUAAUCUUUACAAAUAAAAGUCAGAUUCAGAAUGGAAGCAAGGUCAUUUUGCAAACAUUGGAGCUCUUUUAUUACAAGUCUGCUUGUUAAUUUUAGAAUUGUAAAACUGCUCUGAUUAAACUAUUUAAC